CUUACGGUUGAGUCUUCAUUUCUCCUUUCAUCCUACAAAAAAAGGUCAUUUCUGCAAAAUGUUAAACUGCUUACACCCUGUUUGGAAGAACCCCAUAACACUAGCUUCUUCUUCUUCUCCAUUUUUCCACUGUUUCCAAACAUGUCCCAAUUUGAGAAAUACUACCAAACAACUCAAUUACUGUGGUAAAAGUAAAAGACUUUACAGUAAAAGAAGAACAAGACUUGUGAAGUGUGGAUUUUUACCAGUUGAUCCAUGGGCACCAAAUGUUGAUUCACAAAGCAUAGCUUCACAGCUUUUUGCUUUUUCACUUUUCCCUUAUAUUGGUUUUUUGUACUUCAUUACCAAAUCCAAAACUGCUCCUAAGCUUACACUUUUUGGGUUCUAUUUCUUGCUUGCUUUUGUAGGGGCCACUAUUCCCGCAGGAAUUUAUGCGAAAGUGCAUUAUGGAACUUCUCUAUCGAACGUGGAUUGGUUGCACGGAGGAGCUGAGUCACUGCUCACUUUAACCAACUUAUUCAUCGUGUUGGGUCUAAGAGAAGCUAUUAGAAAAGCCGGGAAUCCUGAAGAAGGCAAAACCAGCGAUGUCUCCAGAAUUAAAGAGGAAAAGAAGUCAUCUUUCUAGUACCUAUCCUCCUUUGUUGUUUGUAGACAUCAGUAUAUCAGCGGUUCAAAGAAAAAUAUUGUUUUUUCUUUGCCCAUCUGGUUUCGUUAGGUGUAUGCUAUAACUGACGUGCUGCUCCGGACCCUCUGGUCAAAAUUGUAUCUUCACCACAAGCAUAGUUGCAUCCGAUCUUGAUGCAUCAUCAGAGAAAUUGACGGCAUAACACAGACGUUGAAGAACUCAGAUAAUCAGCAUCUUCUCUGGCUCUCGUGUUUUUGUUGAUGGUUCUAGUUGUUCUUAAACUAUUUUACUUAUUUAAUCUGUUGGAAUUUAUUGUUGGAUCCUCCCGAUGAUAAUUGAAAUACAAUGCUCCGAGAAAUUCAUGUAAAUGGUGUGCUCCUGUUGAAAGGUUAAAUACUACUCCCUCCGUUUCAAUU